AUGAGUACAAACGCGCACCAUAAUGGCCAUCCCGCUACAAUCGACCACCCUCUAAUCCUCACGAGUGUUCGUCAACUGGUGGAAGACGUAAGACUAUUCCACCAUCGCCUUAAACUUGAGAAUAUUGUUGAUCUCGACACUCUCAUCAAAGGCGCCAAGUUAGCAAAACAGCCAUACAAUUUUGGUGUGAUCGGUCUCAGUGAUCCAGAAUAUGAAACAAUAGAAAACGAAGAUUCGCACUCGUUCUUGGAAACUAGGGGGCUCCUAGUUACUAUCAUGGCGACAGCCUGUGCGGCUAUCACACAGGGAUGGCAGCAAUCCACCAUUAACGGAAGCGCUCUGUUUUCAUGGCCGGAGGAAUUGGGCCUCGACUCCAACAAGGAUGAGCUUCUCAUCGGUUUGAUAAACGCAGCCCCGUGGAUUUCGGGAAGUUUGAUAGGAACAUGGUUGAGCGAUCCAUUUCAAGAUAGAUUUGGAAGGCGUCUUCCGCUAUUCGUUGCUGCCUUGUUCUGCAUCGGUCUGGUGAUAGGGACCGCUCAAUGCACUCGGUGGGAACAGCUACUUAUCUGCCGAUUUGUACUUGGUAUUGGAAUUGGCGCGAAGGCUUCGAUUGCACCUGUGUUCGCGGCUGAGGCAGCCCCCGACCAACAUCGAGGUCAGGUCUUGAUGAUGUGGCAGCUCUUUGAUGCAUUUGGCAUAUUUCUCGGCUUUCUUUGUGCUUUCCUUGUUCGGGAUAGUUGGAGAGUGCUGCUGGCGACCGCAAUAAUCCCCGCUAUCGUCUUGCUGUUCUUGGUGUUCAUCUGUCCUGAGUCGCCGCGCUAUCUGAUACAAAAGAAUAGGUACGCCAAGGCGUACAAAAGUUUACUUGAGCUUCGAGGGACCCAGAUACAAGCCGCUCGCGACCUUUACAACAUCCAUGCGCAGCUUCAGGCCGAAGCAAUCAAUGUAUGGAGACCAGAAGAAGCGCAGUGGUCGGAUGAGCACAAGCUCUAUGUUUACCAAAGAUGGAUAAGUCAAGGUAAUUUCUUCAAGCGAAUGGGACACCUCUUUACGAAGUCGCGAACUCGAAGGGCGUGCAUAGUGGCGUCGAUCGUGAUGUUAUCACAACAACUAUGUGGAAUGAAUGCGUUGGCGUUUUAUUCGUCAGAUCUCAUAAAAUCCGACACGUUGUCUAACUCCCUUGCCAGAAUCAAAGGUUAUAAUUUGGGCUUUGGCCUCGCCAACUUUAUUUUCACUUUCCCAGCUUACCGCUUUAUUGACUCGCGAGGACGCCGGCCCCUGUUACUUGUCUCAUUGACCGGGAUGCUGAUAAGUCUGGCCGCUGUCGCUGGAUUCUUCAAAAUGACCGAUCCCAACACUCGACUCGCUUUGGUAUCAACCUUCAGCAUCACAUUCUUUGUUUUCUUCUACUCGAUCGGUGCUGGACCCAUCCCAUUUACCCUGAGUGCAGAAGUGUUUCCAUUAUGUGUGCGCGGUGAGUUGAUCGGCCUCGCUUGUCCCUAUUAUCGUACACUGGGCGAGCGCUAA